CCGGAAGGGGCGGGGCGACUCCCGGAAGUGGAGCCGCCGCCGGAGCCACCAUGGCCGAGACCGACCCCAAGAGCGUCCAGGACCUGACGGCCGUGGUGCAGACAUUGCUCCAGCAAAUGCAGGACAAGUUUCAAACCAUGUCGGAUCAAAUAAUUGGAAGAAUCGAUGACAUGAGCUGCCGCAUCGACGACCUGGAGAGGAACAUCGCCGACCUCAUGAUGCAGGCGGGCGUGGAGGAGCUCGAGGGGGAGAACAAGACCCCGGCUCCCAACAAGGGUUAAAGUUGCCAACAAUUCAAGAUGAGUCAAGGAAGAUUACUUUUUCUUUUUCUUUUCUACAAAUCCUUGGAAUUAAAGAAUGGCUUUUUGCAGCUCCAGUGUGUGAAAGCAUUUUUAUAUUGUUACAGAGCUUGCAUUCCUGAUGUACAUUGUAUAGUCGGGGUAGGGUAGUUUCUAUUUUGAUUCGUGUACUGCAAUUUGACUUUUUCAAUUCUUGUUACGAGGAUCACUCGGUCGUGUUAUUAAAACACAGGAUCUUAUGGAUCUCAACUCCUCUGGGUGUAUUUUUUUGUGGAGUCACUUUUUUUCUCUUUCCUGUACUUUUUCUAGAUGUUUCGUGUUUGAUAGCUCAGCAUUUAGUGACUCCCACCAAAUGGGAAUCUUGCCUUGUCCUACGUGAGUUUGUGGAGUGAAGCACAAGAUUGAAACUUAAUCAAUUGCAUUAAUUGUCGCUCUGAGCAUCAGGCACUCACUAGUUGAGGCUUGUGUUGUCUUUCAUACGUGUAAUAAAGGCGAUUUUUGGAAACGAGAGACACUGAACAUCAAAAUCAUCUCUCCUACUCCUGGCGUUGCCUGAGCUGUGUGUCCCUGGAGCGUAAAGCAGAAAUGCAGAUUUACCAUGAGAGAUCUGAGCAACCACUGCCACCCCAAGCUGUGACACCUGGGCAGACAAGGGACUGUUAACUGAACACUUUCGCUGUGGGACUGAAGGUUUUUAACACCGCUUUGACGCUGCUCAGUAACUGGGAUUGAAGUGGGAUUGGUGCUGGACAGCAGGGAUGGGACUGUGGGAAUGUCUGUGGGGGUUUGCAGUGGGAAUCACUGCCUCGUGUGACACAGCUGGGCCAACAGAGCAGUGAUAAUGAACAGAAAAAGAUGAGGAACAAAAAAGGAGAGAAUCCAGGUCGAUUUUUAAAGCCUCGCUUCUCUUGGAAUAACAACUUCAAAAUAAUUUGAUUUAGAGAAGCGUUUGCUUUUCUAACCACACCCGCAUUUUGGGCCUGGAGUAUGGAUUAAAUGUAUUUUGGCCGUGGAAGGUGUGCUUGGGAGAGUCUGUACUGUGUCACUUGUGAGGAAAAAUGACCAAUGUCAGCUGGUUCCUGACAAUCACUGCAAUGCUCCUCCAGCUUCAAAUGCAAAUUUCAGCAAGCACUAGUGGCAGGCAGCAGUUGCAGCUGGACCACACUUAAACUGCUCCUUAAAUGCCACCAAAUUAGCACCUGAGUGCUGUGAAGGCAAUACGGCAGGUCAUUUUUCCAAACUCACUGGAAUAAAAGCUCGUAAUAAUGGGAAUUUUGUGAACAUGAGAAGUGUAUUGAUAUAUACUUGUAAUACCAGCCUUAGGUCCUUUGUAAUGUCACUUCAAAAGAAUCUAAUAAACUCUUAGGUGGUAACAAA